UUUAUCCAAUCACAUGAUCCGUUGGCUGCUACUGAGGCCAGUAGCUUAGCCUCUUGGCGCGAAACCAACGACCGGGAGAGCACCACGAGCUCAAAUCGACGGUGGCCCGGCCGUACGUCGGCCCUCCUCCGCCACCCGCUCCCCUCUCCCGAGUACCUCCAAAGUUGUCACCAGCCAUCCAUGGCGACGCCCUCCCGUACCACCGCCACACACUUCAACCGUCUCUUCCCUUCUCUUCUCGUCUUAUCCACACUCACUCUAGCUGCACCACACUACACCACGUGACCUCUACGCCUGCGCCCGUCUUCACGAGCUGCUUGCUGGCUAGCUAGGUGGCGCGCUGCCGGCGAGGUGAUCGGGUCGACGAUCGCGUGUCGCCGCAGCCAUGGCCGACGACGGCAAGCCCCGCGACCAGACCCUCCAGGAGCUCGACGCGCUCAGCCACACGCUGUACCAGGCGCACAGCAACCGCCGGCACGCGUCGCUCGCCCUCCCGCGCGGCGUCGCCGGCGAGGAUGUCGUAGCGGCGGAGGCGCUCCGGGCCGAGGCCGCGCGCCCGCGGACCCGCCGCCUGUCCAUGACGUCGCCGUUCCGGUCGAGGGGCAAGGGGGGGAAGAAGGAGGAGGACGAUGACGACGACGACGACGACGACCGCGGCGUGCUGAAGGCCGCGGUGCCGUCCAAGAGCCGGAGCUUCGCCGCCGCGGCCUCCCAGGCGCUGGGCGGCGGGGAGAAGAAGAAGGGGUUAUGGGGCUGGAAGCCGAUGCGCGCGCUGUCGCACAUCGGCAUGACCCGCCUCGGCUGCCUCUUCUCCGUCCAGGUGGCGGCGGCGCAGGGCCUGCCGUCGUCCAUGGACGGGCUCCGCCUCGCCGUGGCCGUGCGCAAGAAGGAGUCGCGCGAGGGCGCCGUGCAGACCAUGCCGUCCCGCGUGCAGCAGGGCGCGGCAGACUUUGAGGAGACGCUCUUCGUCCGCUGCCACGUCUACUGCAGCGGCGGGGGCGCUGGCAAGCCGCCGACGAAGUUCGAGCCCCGGCCGUUCCUCCUGUCAGUGAUCGCCGUGGACGCGCCGGAGCUGGACUUCGGGCAGAGCACGGUGGACUUGAGCGCCCUGGUGAAGGAGUCCACGGAGAAAAGCCAGCAAGGGGAGCGCGUCCGGCAGUGGGAGAUGGCGUUCCCGCUCACUGGCAAGGCCAAGGGUGGUGAGCUCGUCGUCACGCUCGCGUUCCAGAUCAUGGAGGACGGCGGCGUUGGGCUCUACAGUCAGCCGGCCACCAAGACUGCUGCCUCCUCCUCUACGUCGUCGGCGUUGUUUGCCCGGAAGCAGAGCAAGACGUCGUUUAGCAUCGCGAGCCCCAAGGUCACGCGCUCGGAGCCGUCAUUUACGCCUGCGAAGGCCACGCCGUCGCAGGACCUGAGUGGCAUCGACGACUUCAAGCUCGACGGACCUAGUGCUCCGGCGCCCGAGCCCAAGCAGGAGCAGGAGAAGAAAGAACCGGAGCCGCAGCCAGAGCCGGAGGCGAAAGUGGAUGACUCGGACUUCCCGGAGUUCGACUUCGACGUCGUUGACAAAGGCGUGGAGGGGCAAGAAGAGAAGGACGAAGCGAACGCUGACAUCAAGAAAGAAGACAAGGAUAAGGAGGAGGAGGAGGAGAGUUCAACGCCGGCGGCCGGCGAUGAGGUGGUCAAGGAGGUCGUGCACGACAGCGCAAGCAUGUGGCGCCUCAACGAGCUCGAGGCCAUCACCAAUCAGAUCAAGGCGCUCGAGUCACUGAUGCUCGGCGACACGCCGGAAGAGGAGGCCGACAAGCCGGCAGAGCAGCAGGAGGACGAGGCGGCGGUGGAGGGGCUGGAGGCCGACGAGGAGGAGGUCACGAGAGAGUUCCUGCAGCUACUGGAGCAGGGAGAGGACAAUGGCAAGUCAGCGGCCGCUCCUCAGGUGUCAUCACUCAAGUCCAACGCGAAGCCGGGCUCCAGCGCCGACGAGGCUUGCUACGUCUCCGAUCUCGGCAAGGGGCUCGGUCCCAUCGUGCAGACCCGCGACGGCGGCUACCUGGCAGCGACGAACCCGUUCGACAUCCCAGUGGCGAAGAAGGAGCUCCCCAAGCUCGCCAUGCAGCUGUCCAAGCCGUUCAUCCUCCGUGGCCAGAAGCUCCCCGGCGGCGGCGCCGAGGUGUUCCAGCGGCUGUGCGCUGGCGGGUGCGAGGCCCUGUGCGCGAAGCUGGCUGCACUCACCGCGACCGACGAGGUGGUCGGCAAGACGGCAGAGCAGAUUGCCUUCGAGGGCAUGGCGUCGGCGAUCAUCAGUGCGCGGAGCAAGGAGCUCGGCGCGAGCUCCAGCGCGGCCGAGUCCGUGUCUCUGCUCCGGACAAUGUCGGCCGCGAUGAGCGACGGGCGCAAGGAGAGGAUAGUCACCGGCAUCUGGAACGCCCAUGAGGCGCCGGUGACCGUGGACGAGAUCCUGCCGUUCUCACUCCAGAAGAUCGAGACGAUGGCGAUUGAGGCGCUAAAGGUGCAGGCCGGCAUCGCCGAAGACCAGGCCCCAUUCGACGUGUCCCCGGCCACUGAUGCACCGGACGCUGGGCAUCCCCUGGACACCGCCGUGCCGCCGGAGGAGUGGGCGAGCGCGUGCGCCGGCUCGGACGCGGUGACCAUGCUGGUGGUGGCGCAGCUGAGGGAUCCCAUGCGCCGGUACGAGGCGGUUGGCGCGCCAUCCAUCGUGGUCAUCCAGGCCGGACGCGCCGCCACCGGCGCCGACGGCGAGCCGAGGUUCAAGGUGGCCAACAUGCACGUGGGUGGCAUGCGGCUGAAGUCGGCUGACCGGCGUAGCGUGUGGGACGGCGAGAGGCAGAGGCUGACGGCGACGCACUGGCUCGUCGCAUACGGGCUCGGCAAGGCCGGCAAGAAGGGACGGCCGUCGGGGUCCGGUGCGGCGAAGGCCGGGAACGACAUGCUCUGGAGCAUGUCGUCGAGGGUGGUCGCCGACAUGUGGCUCAAGCCGAUGCGCAACCCGGACGUGAAGAUCGCAGCCAACUAGCUGCCGCUGAGGACACAGGAAAUGGGAGCCAACACUUGCAGAACUGCAAUAGUAGUUCUAAACAUAGUUUAAAAAACCGAACCAAAAAUCGAACCAGAAAUGAAAUCGGUUCAGAUUUUUAUCGGUUGGACCGCCGGUUCACCUGUUAGAAUGUCGGUUCUUUAAGCCAAAGAAAUAAUAAAU